ACCUGCAAAUGUGUUCCACUCUUCUUGUGUUGUGUGGCAGAUCUCCGGUGGCCAUGGCAUACCUUUUUUUUUUCAAGGAUAUGGUUAUGUCUUGUACUAUUUUAGUGUUAGCACUUGCUUUAAGAAUCAGUUGUUCAAAUUCAACCAUGGGAGUAGACAACUUAAACGCAACAUUUUUGGUUGAUAAUGCUUCAACACAGAACAUCAUCGAUAAUGCCUUUCGUUUUCCUUCUCCAUUGCCCACUUGGCCUUCAGGUGGAUGCUUUGCAAGUGGAUUCAUUGAUCUUGGAGGAUUACAGGUGUCUCAAAUAUCAUCCUUAACUAAAGUUUGGUCGACACAUGAAGGUGGACCAGAUAAUCUUGGAGCUACAUUCUUUGAACCAUCAAAUAUACCAAAUGGAUUCUUUAUGUUUGGUUCGUACACCCAACCUAAUAAUAUUCCCCUUUUCGGAUGGACUCUUGCUGGGAGAGACACAUCACAAGGUACGCUCAAGAUGCCAACUGACUACACCCUUGUAUGGAGUAGUCACAACUUGAACAUCAAGCAGGAUGGUGUCGGCUAUAUCUGGUUGCCAAUACCUCCUCAGGGUUAUAAAGCCAUAAGCCAUGUUGUCACCGCCUCACCUCAGAAGCCUUCGCUGGAUAAAGUUCGUUGUGUUCGUGAUGAUCUCACUGAUGCAUGUGAAAUUCAUGAUUGGAUAUGGGGCACCAAUGGCUUCAAUGUGUACUCAUUGAGACCUAGAGACAGAGGAGUGCGAGCCUUAGGAGUGCCAACAGGUGCUUUUAUGGUACAGAACAGUGGAGCUGCAGAGUCACUAGCUUGUUUAAAGAAUGUUAAAUCUGAUAUAUCUGCAAUGCCAAAUUUGAACCAAGUUAAGACAUUGGUUCAAGCAUACUCUCCGGUGAUUUACUUUCAUCCUGAUGAAGAAUACUAUCCGUCAUCAGUGACUUGGUUUUUUCAGAAUGGAGCAUUAUUAUAUACCAAAGGACAGGAAUCUUCACCUGUAGGUAUUCAUCCCACAGGUUCAAAUCUUCCUCAAGAUGGUUCAAACGAUGGUGCUUACUGGCUGGACCUCCCGACUGAUGAUGCUGCGAAAACUAAUGUCAAGAAAGGAGAUUUACAGGGUGCCACAGCCUACUUACACGUUAAACCAAUGUUUGGUGCAACACAUACUGAUAUUGCUGUGUGGCUAUUUUAUCCCUUCAAUGGACCUGCAAAGGCUAAACUCGAAUUCAUGACCAUUUCCUUGGGGAAAAUUGGAGAGCACGUUGGUGAUUGGGAACAUGUUACAUUGAGGAUUAGCAACUUCAACGGGGAGUUACAAAGCAUAUACUUUUCACAACACAGUGGAGGGAUUUGGGUACCUGCCUCUCAGCUAGAAUUUCAAAACGGUAACAAACCCGUGGUGUACUCAUCGCUGCAUGGACACGCUGCUUAUCCAGGACCAGGAAAGAAUUUGCAAGGGAGAGGAGAUGUAGGAAUCAGAAAUGAUACAGGGAAGGGGAAGUUGAUGGACAUAGGAACAAACUUUUUAGUAGCAGCAGCAGAAUACUUGGGAUCAACAAUAGUGGAGCCAGUAUGGCUUAAUUAUGGAAGGGAAUGGGGUCCAAAAAUUAGCUAUGAUAUAUCAAAAGAGCUGAGGAAAGUAGAAAGAUUUAUGAUUGGCAAACUGAAGAAAGCUAUUGAGAAAAUAGUGAGAGAUCUACCAAAUGAGGUUUUGGGCGAGGAAGGACCAAUAGGCCCAAAGUUUAAGGACAUGUGGAGUGGUGAUGAAAGGGGUUGAACAUUGAUAUCCACAGAAAUUUGCUUUGACCCAAUAUUUUUCUUAUCUACUAGUCAUUUCUCUUAAAACAAAAAGUUAAUAUGGUAAGAAAAUAAUAACAGUGAAGAUUUCUCAAAAUUAUGAUAUUCUCUCUGUAUCCUUAUAAUAAAUUAAGUAUAUAUUCUUUAGGCUCUAUUAUUUCGUUUUAUGUGACUAUCUAUUAUUUUGUGUA